GUGGGAAGGGGAGAUCCUGUUCUCUGUUCAGAAGCAGGAUAUGUCGGUUUACUGAAAGUUACUGAACAGGAGAUUUGUUAUCGUUUUCAGUGUAAACCCUCUGUUUCUGUACACAGUUAAGUUUAAACGGUUCAGAGAACAUCUCACCUAACAGUUAGCCAUGUUGUUAGUGAGCAGCUAACGUUUACUGGACAUUGGUCUUACUAGAUUCAUUACUAAGGGAGAGACACUUUAACUGAAGAUCCACAAUGGAAUCAGCAGAACAACAGAAAGCACGAGAUGGUCCUCAGAAAAGGUCACCUUUGGAUUUGAUUAUGAAUCAGAUCCGGAGAAAGACCUCCUUCACAGAACGGAAGAAGCCAACGAUGGGUCGCCUUUUUCGCCCAUCUGUGAGCAGUGACAAGAAUAGUGAUAUCCCUGAGACCAAGGAAUCAGAGAGCAGUGAGGGGAAAGACAGUGCAGGACCUGGAACAGAGAGCAGCGAUGCAGACUCUGAGAUCGGCUCAGUGGUGGGAUGGGGACGAGUGAAGCAGUUUGUCCAGAAGCUUGGUAAGACGCCAGACACCCAGAGCUUGAGCCUUACUCACUGUGACCUGACAGCCACUGAUGUGGUGGAGCUUGGAACCUUGCUGCCAUUCCUGGCUCAGCUGGAGGUGAUGGAUCUCUCCUGGAAUGACCUGCUGGGAGGCUCUCUGAAGGCACUGACGGUUCACCUGCAGCACGUAAGCAAACUGAAGGUGCUGAAAGUCAGCAGCUGCAGGCUCACAGCUCAUGACCUUAUCGCAUUAGGGGAGGGUCUGUACUGUAUUCCGUUACUCGAAAUGCUGGAUUUGUCCUGGAACGCAGGAGUAGGGGGAGGAAAUCUCCACUGCCUAGCCAACCAUCUCCCCUCUGCCAGCUCUCUGAGGGAGCUCCACCUGGUCGACUGUCAGCUCUCUGAGGCAGAUGCCGUGACACUUGGUGAAGCUCUGCCACUGUUGCCUUGUUUGGAGCUCUUGGACCUGUCCGGCAACAAGCCGAUGAAGGAGGGGUUACAGAUUGUUGUCUCUGCUCUGAGCUAUACUCCACAGCUGAAGACCCUGAAACUGAGCACAUGUGGACUGAAUAAGAUGAGCCUUAUAAUGCUAGGAGAGAAGCUGAAGCUACUGCCAGGUCUGGAGCAUCUUGACCUGUCCUGUAAUAAGGAAUCCGGAGGUGGUUUCAGCACAAUGACUGCAAGCUUGACACUCCUCACACACCUGAAAUGCUUAGACAUGCAUUUGUGUUGUCUAACAGAGGAAGACAUACUGGCACUGGUCCAAGCCAUUCCUUCUCUCAGUGAGCUCACAGAGCUGGAUUUGUCUUCCAACAAAAGUAUUGGGUGCAUGCUGCAGUUUCUUCUGCCUGCUCUACCUCUCUCAAAGAUGAAGAAGCUUCAUUUGAAUAACUGUGGGCUGAGCCUUGACACGUGCUGGGCUUUAGCCACCACUAUGCAGUCCCUCGCACAGCUGGAGAGUCUAAACCUGUCAUGGAACAAAAGUGUCGGGGAAAUUCUGCAGCAGCUGCUGGAGCCUCUGCAGACUGGCUGUAAACUGCAGGAGCUGAGGCUGAGUAGCUGUGACUUAACCACUGAGGGCAUGCUUCAUAUAGAAUCUGCCUGCAAGCGAGGAGCUCUGUCUCAGCUGAAGCUUUUGGACCUCUCUUAUAAUGGCAGUGUGGGUGAUUGUGGCUGGGUUUCGUUCUAUAGCGGAGCUGCUGGUCUGAAGGAGCUGCAGGAGUUGGACGUUAGCCUGCGGCCCUCCGCCUCCCUCUCUGCGUCCCCCUGGCUACCUGCCUUGCUGGACGCUCUGCCCCAGCUGCCCUCCAUUCGCCGUCUGGCCCUGCAGCGCUGGGCCUUCAGCUCUGGGGAGAGAGAGAAGCUGGAUAAAGCCCUGAGCAAGAGGAAUGUUGUCUUGGAGUGUGAUAAAGUAGCUGCAACCGAAGCAAAGGUGGCAGCUUAAAGAGACAGUAGGCUUCACCAGACCAGACUGGAGCUGAUCACUUUACAAAGCGUGCACAUGAAUGGAUGAUAAAGAUAAAGAUGAUUUUAACACUUUUAACAUAUUUAAUGUCACAGUUUUAAUUUUUCAUUAUUUUCACGUAUCACAUUUGAAUGCCUUCUGUUUUUCACAUACUUUUUUUUAUAAUGAAGACCAUUUGUUCUUUUCUAUUGUACUUUGAUGUUUCGCUUGGUUGCUCUUUUCAAGUCUGUAGAUGUAGCCGUGGAUAUAACGUAAACUCCAGAAUUAUUUGCAACCUCUUUACAAAAAUAAGUAAAAACAAGUAUGUGCUAAAAUGAUUCAAGUGCUACACAAAUAUAAUUUGAGAAAUUCUAUCAACAAAAAAUCACAACAGUAUUGAUUUAUAUAUAAUAAUAUAUAAUACUUUUCCUUUUAAAACCUAAAAAUAUUUGCACCUAAGAACUAAAAAAAGUAUUUCUAUUUUCAAGUUAAAAAAUUUGUCAUGUAUAAGAGGUUAUACACAUGUAAAAAAUGCCUUUGUAAUUCACCAACAUCAGUGAAAUGAAGAAGCAGGUAUGGUGUUAAAUGAGGCAGACAUUGUCUGGUUCUGCAGAGAUUAGGUUUGUAAAAUAAUUAUAUCUGCACUUUUAUAAAUAUAUAAAGUGCAGAUUCUGUAAUUCAGCCAAAAAUAUUAAAAUCUACUGUGUAUCAUCAUAAACUGACUCUUAGCGUAUGCAAAAAUAAAGCCACUAAACAAAA